AUGUCUGCCAUUGCAUUAUCAUGGACUAUGGCCAUGGCCACUACGAAAAAGCAGCCAAUUGCUAGUAAUCAUUUCUCCUUUGAUAGAAAACUACCGUCCUUCAAUUGCUUGGCUUCUUCAAAAAAAACUGAGCUUUGUAGAUUCAAAUGCAAGGCUCAAAUUGGUGAUCAGAUUAAUAUUAGUUCAGUCGAACGACGAUCUGGAAACUAUUAUCCUUCCUCUUGGGACUACGAUUUCAUUCAAUCCUUGAGCACCGAAUACGAGGACGAGAGGUAUUUGAAAAGGGCGAGUGAACUAAUAGAGGACGUGAAGAUGAUGUUGGACGACGAAACCAUGGAAGAUGUUGGAAAAUUGGAGUUGAUUGAUGACUUGGAGAGGCUUGGUAUUUCUUAUCACUUUGAGGACAAAAUCAAUGAAGUCUUGAAACAAAUUCAUGAAGUGUUUGAUCGUUUCAAGAAUGAAAAUGGUGAAUUCAAGACGAACGUCGGUGAUGAUGCAAAAGGAUUGUUACAGCUAUACAAAGCUUCUUUCUUGUUGAUGCGAGGCGAGGAUACGUUGGAGCUAGCAAUAAAAUUUUCCACCAAAUAUCUCAAGAAAAAAAUUGAAAAUGAAGGUAUUGAUCAGGGAAUAUUCAUGGAUAAACAUCUUUCCAUAUUAGUGCGCAAAGCUUUGGAGCUCCCACUUCAUUGGAGGGUUCAAAGGCCAAAUACAAGAUGGUUCAUAAAUUCCUACGAAAUCAAGCCAGAUAUGAAUCCAAUUGUGCUUGAACUUGCCAAAUUAGACUUCAACAUUGUGCAAGCAACCCAUCAAAGGGAACUAAAACGACUCUCCAGGUGGUGGGAGCAAACACGCCUAACACAAAAGAUGCCAUUUGCGAGGGACAGACUGGUGGAGUGUUAUUUCUGGGCCACUAGUGGCAUUUCGAUCGUGUUCAGGUGGGACAUUGAAGCAAUAGGCGAACUCCCAGACUAUAUGCAAAUAUGUUUUCUUGCACUCGACAACUUCGUCGAUGAGGCGGCAUACAAUAUUUUUAAAGAAAAGGGGUUUCUCGCCCUUCCACAUUUGAGAAAAUCGUGGGCAGAUUUAUGUCGAACAUAUUUACAAGAGGCAACAUGGCACUCCAUGGGCUACAAACCAAAACUUCAAGAAUAUAUCAACAAUGCAUGGAUUUCAAUAUCAGGUCCUGUCAUACUAACCCAUGCAUACUUUUUUGUGACGUAUCCUAUACACAAUGAGGCUAUUCAAAGCUUAUACGACUAUCACAACAUAGUUCGAUGCUCAUCCAUGAUUCUAAGGCUUGCGAAUGAUCUCGGCACAUCUUCGGAUGAGAUGAAAAGAGGUGAUGUGCCAAAGGCAAUCCAGUGUUACAUGAACGAAACUGGUGCAAGUGUGGACGAGGCACAAGCAUACAUUAGGUUUCUAAUACACGAGGCAUGGAAGGAGAUGAACGAAGAACGAGUGCUGGCAAAUUGUGGAUUCCAAAAAGAAUUUGUUAAUGCUGCAAUUGAACUUGGGAGAAUGGCACAAUAUAUGUACCAGUACGGAGACGGCCAUGGCAUGCACUUCCCUCAAAUGAAAUAUCGUAUUCCAAGUUUGUUGUUCGAGCCUAUGAAGUUGUAA